AUGGGUGCCCUCGAGAGAUUGACUCAACUUGGCGGCCAGUUUACCGCUGGCGGCAAGGACAAGAUCCUCCAGAAGAAUGCCGACGAUGUCGUCGUCACUGCGGCCCUCCGCACGCCCUUCACCAAGGGUGGCAAGGGCGGCUUCAAGGACACCCAGGCCGCCGACCUGAUGGCCGGUGCCCUCAAGGCCCUCCUCGAACGCUCCAAGAUCGACCCCGCCCUCGUUGAGGACAUCGCCGUCGGCACUGUCCUGGCUCCCGGAGGUGGCGCCACCGAGAUGCGCGCCGCCGCUCUCGUCGCUGGCUUCCCCCAGACUACUGCCGUCCGCACCCUCAACCGCCAGUGCUCCUCGGGUCUUCAGGCCUCCGUCGACAUCAUCAACCAGAUCAAGACGGGCAUGAUUGACAUUGGCAUCGGCGCUGGCGUCGAGAGCAUGUCCACCCAAUACGGUCCCGGCGCCGUCUCCGAAUUCUCCGAAACCCUCGAAAACUUCCCCGAGGCUGCCAACUGCAAGGUCCCCAUGGGCGUCCUCUCUGAGAACAUGGCCCGCGACCUCGGCAUCCCCCGCACCAAGCAGGACGCCUUCGCCGCCUCAUCGUACGCAAAGGCUGCCAAGGCCCAGCAGGAGGGUCUCUUCGAUCAGGAGAUCGCCCCUCUCAAGGUCAAGUUCGAGGACCCCAAGUCGGGCGAGACCCGCGAGAUCACCGUUGACAAGGAUGAUGGCAUCCGCGCCGGCGUCACGGCCGAGUCGCUCGGCAAGAUCAAGCCGGCCUUUGCCAAGGACGGAGGCAUCCACGCCGGCAACGCUUCUCAGGUCUCUGACGGCGCCGCCGCCGUGCUCUUCAUGAAGCGCUCCACCGCCGAGCGCCUCGGCCAGCCCAUCCUGGGCAAGUUCGUGUCCGCCGCCAUCAUCGGCCUGCCGCCCCUGCUCAUGGGCCAGGGCCCGGCCAAGGCCAUCCCCGUCGCCAACGCUAAGGCCGGCAUCGCCACCGAGGAUGUCGAUAUCUACGAGAUCAACGAGGCCUUUGCCUCGCAGUGCCUGUGGAGCGCCGAGCAGCUUGGCAUCCCCUUCGAGAAGGUCAACCCCAAGGGCGGCGCCAUCGCCUUCGGCCACCCUCUGGGCUGCACCGGCGCGAGACAGAUCUCGACGCUGCUGUACGAGCUCAAGCGGACGGGCAAGAAGAUUGGCAACACGUCCAUGUGCAUCGGCACCGGUAUGGGCAUGAGCGCCGUGUGGGUUGCCGAGUAA